GCGCCAACGGCGAAAGCAAACGGCGGAGAAGGAAGCAUCCACUGACAUUCCUCUCAAAAACCAAACGACAGACACGCCAAAAAAAAGUGUACAACUCCCAGAAUUCCUCUCUCGUACUACGAACCACGAAGAAUAUUGGGGUUUCUUCCAUUUGAUUUUUCCGAUUUCGUCCUAAUUACGCUUCCCAACCUCAUCGGACCUGCGGAAUUCGCGACGCUGCGAUGGUGAAAUCGGCGGCGGAGAGGAAGGGACCGUCGGCGGCGCCGUUUCUGAACAAGUUGUACCAGAUGGUGGACGAUGAGGCAACGAAUUCGAUUAUCUCGUGGAGUCCUACGGAUGAUAGCUUUACGAUUCUGGACAUGACCCAAUUCUCUGUCCUCUUGCUUCCAAAGUACUUUAAGCACAGUAAUUUCUCUAGCUUCAUGCGGCAGCUUAAUAUCUACGGUUUUCGGAAAAUUGAUACGGAUUGCUGGGAAUUUGCAACUGAUGGAUUUGUUAAAGGACAAAAACAUCUGUUGAAGAAUAUCUGCCGAAGGAAAAACAUCCAGGGAACAGAUCAGCGUAAAGCAUCGCAGCCCGCCCAAGAAAAUUCCGAGGGACAAGGAGAACUACAUGAUUAUACAGGGCUAUGGAAGGAAGUUGAGAAUCUUAAAAUAGAUAAAAAUGCUCUAAUGCAGGAAUUGGUUAAACUUAGGCAGCACCAAGAAACUUCAGAGAAUAAGUUGCUUCUAUUGAGAGACCGCCUUCAAGGUAUGGAAAAGAAUCAACAGCAGAUGCUGUCAUUCUUAGUAAUGGCUGUGCAGAGCCCCGGAUUUUUGGUUCAGUUUCUUCAACCGAAAGAAAAGAAUUGGCGAAUGGCCGAGGCGGGCACUAUCCUAGAACAAAUACCAGAUGAUAAUCAAGUACCUUCAAAUGGUAUGAUAGUCAGGUAUCAACGACCAUUAGACGAGCUGCCAGCAACUCUACUUCCACCGGUGUCGGGUUCAGGGAAACAUCAAGAAUCUGAACCAUUCCCUGAAGGAAUGAAGGACUUUUUCCUUAAUUCUGACUUCAUGAAGGUUCUUAUGGAUGAAAAGUUGUGUUUAGACAAUCAUAGUCCUUUCGUUCUUCCAGAUGUUCAAGAUAUUGCAUGGGAGCAGCUUCUUCUAGCUAGUCACUUUUCAGGGAAUUCAGAAAAUGGUAGAAAAGUCGACGAUGAACUCGAUAUGGAAACAACUGAUACUGGAACUGAUGAAGAGAAGUCGCAAGAUUUUGAACUCCUAGUUAGACAAAUGGAGAAAUGUGAAAAUUCUGGGAUGCCCCUGAGGUUUGACGAAUCUUGUAUCGAGAAAUCCAAUACUGUUAAUCUCCUAACCCAGCAGAUGGAGCUUUUGGCAUCUGAUCAAGAAACAUGAAUGAAAUGCCAGACAGGAUGCAAGAACCUUAAAAGAACGACAUGUUUUCGUCGGUUCGUAGUACUUUCUUGAUUUAAGAACUCAAAGUUCAAUGUGAUUCUUCCAUCUUCACCAUCCACAUAUAGCAACGAUUAGUUGGCUGUCUUGACCAGAGCAUUGGAUUUCAAACAGAUUUCGUUGGGAAUGCUAGCCAUCUCGUUUCUUUGGGGUAUCGUCUGGUAACGCUUUUGUUUCAACUUUCAAGCAUUAUAUCUUGGAGCCUAGGUAAAUUUUUAUGAUAUAGUAUAUAUUAUCAAUUUUGAUGAGGCGGUUUCUCAACUGCUUCUUUACUACUGCCUUGCUCCAUAUAUUUUUCUGUAAAGCAUGGCAAACGCUCUUGUUAUGUUCACUUGAUAUUAAAUUUGAUGCUCAAAAUCUCA